AAAUGUACCGCGCUGGAGCGGUUUUACUCCGCGGGGCAACUCGCACGCGGCUUCUUGCCGCUGCUUCAGCACAUCAAAGCUUUGCCACAUUUUCUCAAAGAAAUCAAUCGAUUUUAAUGAUGAAAUCUAUGGAAUUAGCAGGAAAUUCAGGAGAAAGGAGGUUUUAUUCCACUCAUGACGAUCCAAUCGCUGUGGAUGACUCAUUGGAACUGUACAAAGAUUUGGGAGGAAUGUCACCGAUUCAAGUGCCAGCCGAUAUGCCAAAUGUCCCAAUGUUAGCUAUCAAUCGAUAUCCACUAUUUCCAGGAUUUAUCAAGAAAGUUGAUAUCGUGAAAGAUGACAAUUUAAAAGCACUGAUCAGGCGACAGCUUUCACUGAAACAGCCGUAUGCUGGAGUUUUUGUGAAGAGAGACGAUGAAAACAAAGAAGAAACGAUCACAUCUCUAUCAGAAGUCUACCCAACUGGUUCUUUCGUUCAAAUUAUCGAAGUCCGUGAUCAGGGAAGUGUUCUUGAGCUGGUACUCAGUGCUCAUCGAAGAAUUCGUGCUCUUGAACCAAUUGACGAAAUUACACCGAAAAAUGAGACUCCAUUGAAUGGAAGACGUGCUCGUGGAAAGCGUGCAGCAUCAGCAACAUCACCACUCACUCCACCACCAUCACCACCUCCACUUGCACCUUCAGUGGCUUCAGUGGCUCCAGAAAUUUCAGCAACAGAAGAGAAAGAAGAGAAGACAACACCACCAUCAGCAACUGGAGAAAAACAGAAAAAAGGAAUUAUUAUGGUUCGAACCGAGAAUGUUGUUGCAGAGCCAGUGCCCAAGAAUAAUGAAACGAAGGCUACGAUGAUGGCCAUUGUGCAGACGAUUCGAGAUGUAGUACAAUUCAAUCAACUCUUCGGUCAACAAAUCAAUCUUCUACUUCAUCCAUCUCAAAAUGUAAUCGAUAAUCCAGUUUAUCUAUGUGAUCUUGUUGCAACUCUUGUACAAUCUGCAGAAACAAAAGAUCUUCAGGAAAUGAUGGAUGAAAUUGAUGUUUCAAAGCGACUCAAAAUUGCUCUUCUUCUGAUUCAAAAGGAGAAAGCAGUUGCCAAAUUGAAGUAUGAUAUCAAUAAAGAUGUUGAGAAGAAGGUUCAGGAUCAUCAUAGGAAAUACUUGCUCAAUGAGCAAUUGAAAGUAAUCAAAAAGGAGUUGGGAAUUGAAAAGGAUGAGAAGACGACUAUUAUUGAGAAAAUUGAUGAAAGAAUCAAAACAUUGGCAGUUCCAGAAUAUGCAUUGAAAGUUAUUAACGAAGAAAAGACAAAGUUGCAGUUUUUGGAUCCGCAUUCCAGUGAAUUUAGUGUCACGAGAAACUACCUGGAAUGGUUGACAUCAGUACCCUGGGGACUUACAUCACCCGAGAAUCGUCGUCUUUCAGUUGCAAAGAAAGCUCUUGAUGAAGGACAUUAUGGAAUGAAAGAUGUUAAAGAACGAAUUAUGGAGUUUAUUGCAGUCAAUUUACUUCGAAAAUCAAUUGGUGGAAAGAUUCUAUGCUUCCAUGGACCACCUGGAGUUGGAAAAACUUCUAUUGCGAAAUCAAUUGCGACUGCCUUGAAUCGAGAGUAUUUCCGUUUCUCAGUUGGUGGAAUGACUGAUGUGGCAGAAAUCAAGGGACAUCGUCGUACAUAUGUCGGUGCAAUGCCUGGAAAAAUGAUUCAAUGCAUGAAGAAAGUGAAAACUGAGAAUCCUCUUGUUCUUAUCGAUGAAGUCGACAAAAUCGGCGGAGCUGGAUUCCAUGGAGAUCCCGCAUCGGCACUUUUGGAACUUCUUGAUCCAGAACAAAAUGCGAAUUUUAAUGAUCAUUUCUUGGAUGUUCCAGUUGAUUUGUCUAGAGUUUUGUUCAUUUGCACGGCAAACGAGAUUUCAAAAAUCCCGGGACCACUUCGUGAUCGAAUGGAAAUGAUUGAUGUUAGCGGUUAUUUAGCCGAGGAAAAAGUUGAAAUUGCUCAUCAACAUCUCAUUCCUCAACUCAGAAAAGACACAUCUCUCGCCACAGAACAACUGAAAAUUGAAGAUUCUGCGUUGGAAGAGCUCAUUAAGCAUUACUGUCGUGAAUCUGGAGUCAGAAAUUUACAGCAACAUAUUGAAAGAAUUUUCCGUAAAGCAGCUCUUCAAAUUGCUGAACAACAAAACGAGGAUGAGGAGCCAGCCGAAAAAGCAACAACUGCUAUCACUGAAAACUCAGAAGCCGAACCAAUCACCUCUACAUCAUCUGCAGAUUGUUUAAAAUCUUCAGCCGAACAAAUUGUAGUUUGCACAGAAAACUUGCAAAAGUUCGUUGGAAGACCCAAAUUCACAUCAGAUCGAAUGUAUGAAGUAACACCGCCUGGAGUGAUAAUGGGUCUCGCAUGGACAGCAAUGGGUGGAUCUGCACUUUAUAUUGAAACUGUAUUGAAACGACCUGUUGAUUUGACAAAUGAUAAGGAUGGAAGUAUUGAAACAACUGGAAAUUUAGGAGAUGUAAUGAAAGAAAGUGUUCGAACAGCGUUGACUGUUGCAAAAGGAAUUCUUGCAAGAGAGCAACCCGAUAACAAAUUCUUCGAUAAAGCACAUAUUCAUAUUCAUGUACCCGAAGGAGCAACACCAAAAGACGGACCAUCUGCAGGAGUAACUCUUGUCUCAAGUCUUCUUUCACUCGCUUUAGACCGACCUGUUGUGCAGGACAUGGCGAUGACUGGUGAAAUUUCAUUAACCGGAAAAGUGCUGCCAGUUGGUGGAAUUCGGGAAAAAGUGAUCGCGGCUCGCCGUGUCGGAGCAAAACGAGUCUUCCUUCCAAAUGAGAAUCGUCGAGACUUUGAUGAUUUACCAGAAUUCAUGAAAUCAGAGUUGGAUAUUCGAUUCGUUUCGCAUUAUGAUGAGCUCUACGAGCAUCUCUUCCAAUAAUACGUGUCCCUUUCUUUCACCCCCAGUUAAUACCUUUCAGAUAGAUUUUGUUGAUUCACCUAAUCCAUUUUUUCUUGUUUUGUUAUUUUAAAAACGUUUUGAAAAGAAAAAAGUUCAGGCUAUAAACAUUUUCCUACUUUU